AAUAGAUCGAGUAGGAUGCCCUGGUUGCCAUUUCCCAUAGCGCUGGCGCUGUUGAUCCUGACAAAUAAAGGAUAUGCCACCAGUCGGUACCCCACUGAUGGAGUUUACGAGGAGAUUGUUGGCCUGAGACGCUGCGAGCCCCAGUGCCUGGAAGAUCCGGUGGAGGACGAGCAGCAGCCGGAUCGCAGUACCUCCAAGAUGCUGAAUGCCAUUUUUGGCUUCUCACCCAGUACUCCUCACCCGAUGGAGGCGACAGCAUCACCGCGGGCCAUGCCCCAUCAGUUGCCGCCGAUGUACUACAACGACUUCUAUGAGGACUUGCUGACCACCAAGCGGAAUGAUGUCCACUCCGCUGGCUGUGAUUGUAAAGUUACGAACGAGCUGCUGGAUUUGGGCAGCCAGGCCUUUCCUCGCUACCUAAUGAACGCAGUUUGCGAGUCGCGCUCGGGUAAGGAUAUGGCCAAGUGCACUAAUGGCUCCAAUUGCCGCCCGCUGGAGUACAAGGUGAAGGUUCUAACGCAGGAUACUCCCUCUGGCUCCACCUCCUGGCUGAACAGGGACAUGGCCCAACCGUGGCAAUUCAAAACCGUUACCGUAACCGCCGGCUGCUUCUGUGCCAAGUGAUGAAUCGAUGGAAUAGUUGGUGAAAGGAAUGUGAAUGGUGAAAGAAGUGUGAGAUAUAUUUGUAUAUUAAAGCGCCAAACAGACGUCAGAA